AUGCAAGGACAAACCAACAAGCGCUGGGCUCCUGACAGGCAAAAUGCCAAGAUGCACUCUGAUUGCUACCUACGACAACCCACCCUAGGCCAUGCUCCCACCCUCCCCCUCGUCAACCCCCCAGACCCCACCACCAGCACCUGCUGCAGGAUGGCGCCGUGCACCUCCUUCUGGAUGGUGAGCUUGGUCUUCAGCCGCAUGGAGUGUGGCUCUGUCCAGAUGAACCCAGCGUCCACCAGCUUGACCUUGUUCAGCCCAGUGACGCGCUUGAUACAAAAGGCAGUUCACACACAUGGACGCUGCAUUGGGCAGGAUGCUCACGCCGCACAGGCAGCACGACCUGCGUGGGCGUCGGAGGGAGGAAGGGUUGGUGGGUUGACUAGUGAGUAG